AUCCUUUUGUUUAUUGUUUCCUUCAUCCUUCAUCCCCGUAGAUGCCGUAGAAGAGACGCCCUCAAUGUUGCCACCGUUGUCGGCGGCGGCGGCGCCGCCGCCCUACCAAGUCGGGUCGACGACGAAGAGGAAGCCGUUGAAGCACUCGCGCCUCUCCCCCUCUUCUUUUCCCAAAGUUUCCGAUGAGGAUGCUGACCGCCUCGGCUACCAUUGCUUCUUCACCGAGGAGGAGUUCGACGCCCUUUGCCUCGUGAUGCUCUCCCGCGGCGUCAGUAGCGGAGCAGCGUUCGAACACGAACAUGUGCUGUCGUCGCAGUCCUAUGAGUGCUCUGUGUGCGGUAAAGGUCCUUGUCCUACCAGGCACUCGGGGGAAACAAGACCAGCCACCGGCAGGACGGAGGCGGCGAGCCCGACGACGAGGGCCUCGCAAUGGCGGAGGCGGCCCGCAGCGCAGCGACGGGGCGGAAGCCAAGGGAGUCAGAAAAUAAAGAGAGUCAUGCGAAAAUAAAGCAAAAAGGGAUGCAUCCUCCGUUUGCUCUAUAUUCAUAUAUAUGACUUGUCCACGUGUUGUUGCAUCCUCCACAGCGGCCGUUAUCAAACAUCCAAACGCCUCUCCCUGGCCUCGCCCUCGCCAACCCUCGUUCACUCGCGCGCGCCAUCUUCUUCCUCCGACCUUCCCCGGCAACGACGGCUUCCUUAUCCAAAUGGCCAAACUCCUGCUUCCUCCCCAUUCUUUCGUAUCCACCACCUCCUCCGCUGAUUCGAACUCUAACCCCCAUCUCUUCUCCUCAAGAAUCCCGCUCGUGCCUCGCGCUCCUCACCUCCCCCACCCGAUCUUGUGCUCCAAUUCCAAUCCCACCGGAGCCGGCGACGGCGAGAGAGACGGAUCCCCCUCCCUUGCUCGCUUCCUCCGGUCGGUCCCCGACUGGGCCGACGCUGUCAAGGAGCUCGGCGUUCGCAAGCGCCGCCCCCUCUACACGCCCGACGACUGGCGGGAGCACCGCAGCUCCCUCCGCCACCUCCGCCAUCUCCUCUCCAGUCUCUCAUCCCGCGUCAUCCUCUCCCUCAUCCCCCCCGUCUCCGCCCUCACUGCCGUCGCCGCCGCCCUCGCCCUCUAUAACUCCGCCGUCGCUUUCGCCUGGCUGCCGCCGGGUCUCUUCCCACUUCUCCACGCGUCCUCGCUGCCGUACCAGCUCACCGCGCCCGCCCUGGCGCUGCUGCUCGUCUUCAGGACCGAGGCCUCCUACUCGAGGUUCGAGGAGGGGAGGAAGGCCUGGAUGAGGGUCAUGGCGGGCGCCAGCGAGCUAGCCGGAAUAGUGAUGUCGGCCAAAGGGAGGGAGGAUGACGCCGGGGUCAAGCGGUCCCUGUUAAAUUACAUCAUAUCAUUUCCCAUGGCUCUCAAGUGUCAUGUUAUUAGCGGCUCAGAUAUCAAAGCAGAUCUGCAAAAUUUGCUUGACGUUGAUGAUCUAACAGUACUCAUGAAAUCAAAACAUCGUCCACGCUGUGUCAUUGAGUUCAUUUCACAGAGCAUUCAAAUCUUACACAUUGAAGAGCCAAAGCGUAACCUCUUGGAGUCAAAACUCUGCUGUUUCCAUGAAGGUAUUGGUGUUUGUGAACAACUCAUGGGCAUCCCUAUUCCUUUAUCAUAUACCCGUUUAACCUCAAGAUUUCUAGUCCUGUGGCAUCUUACACUCCCUGUGAUACUUUGGGAUGAUUGCAAAUGGAUUGUUGUUCCUGCCACCUUCAUAAGUGCAGCCUCUUUGUUCUGCAUCGAAGAAGUUGGUGUGCUUAUCGAAGAACCAUUUCCAAUGCUUGCACUUGAUGAGUUAUGCAAACAGCUUCAUAACAGCAUCAAAGAUGCAAUAGCAAUAGAAAAUUCGGUUCAUGAAAGACUUCUUGCUAAGUUGAAUAUCCAUCCCGAUGAGCACUCGAUCAAUGGGUGGCCUAAUUCCAAGAAGGAACAGGGCUGAGAGUAGGAACUAUGCCGGACCGUCUGAAAUUAUUUAGUCCAAUCACGGCAUCAUGUGUAAGUGCACAUAUCGAUGACACCGUAAAGCUAUUUCUGGGCUCACAUUGCAACAAUGAAUCAUUGGUAGUUUCUUGAGUUGGUGCUCGGGCAUCUACAGAUGAAAAUACUGGCCUCAGAGCCAGGCAUAUUAUAAAGCUUUUCCAGUGGAGCCCUAGGAGUGAGAGAAUAUCUCAACCACAGGAAAGGUCUUCUGAAUGGAUCAGCAGUGCCAUGUUACUGGGCUCCCAUCUCAUAGAAGCAUUUUGAAUAAUUUAUAUACAAAAUGCAAACUGGCACUUCCAGAUUGGGUUCUGUCAUGUGUACAAUAUAUGCCUUCCUAAGCUGCCAGAUAUUGAUAUCAUUGUCAAAAUAUUGGCUAUGAAUGUUAGGCAUGCAAUAGGAAUACUUGACAUGUAAAGCCUUUUACCCCUGAGUCUGAAACACAACUUCUGUAAACAUUGUUAUACCAUCAAUGACAGCUUCAUAAAGAUAA